UGCUUAAAACUGAUGAGACAGCUGAAAGAACAAACUAGAAAUAUCAUCGCCCCAUACUUUCGCCUAAUGCACACAAAAAUCUUUAACACAAUGGCAAAGAUGGCUAUACAGUUCGUGUUAUCGAUGAUGCUAGUAUUACUGCAUAUGCAAGAAGCAUUAGCACAAGAAAUUUCCCUGGCAAAGCUUGGAUGUCCUAGAAAAUGUGGCAACCUGAUAAUUAAGUAUCCCUUUGGAGUCGGAAGCAGUUGUUCAGCUGACCAGGCACUGGAACUGUAUUGCAACGCCUCUUUUAAUCCACCAAAAGCUUUCCUCAUUCAUAACAAUCUUGAAGUUCUAGAAAUUUCACUAAAGGCAGGCACAAUACGCAUCAAGCAUCCAAUAAUUACUGCGUGUACUAAUAGGAGUAUUGCUAAAAAGGUUAUUUUAUCUGGCCCCUUUACAUUCUCAUACACUGAAAACAGAUUUACUGCCAUGGGAUGCAAUGAUCUUGCCUUAAUAUCUCGAAAAGGGUAUGAUUUUGGAGGGUGCAUGUCAUUUUGCAAUUUUACUGCAAGAGACAACAGCUGUUCUGGGAUAAACUGCUGCCAAACAAGAAUCCCUCCGUCUUUGAAGUUCAUCAAUGCAUCAUUUAGGAGCGCGGGUCUUAUAAAUGAUCAGAAAAGCUGUAGGUAUGCUAGGUAUGCCUUCAUUGUAGAUCAGAAUUGGUUUAGGCACUUGAAAGAUAUCUACAGCGUGCAAACUAUGGAACAAGUUCCUGCUGUGCUGGAUUGGAGACCGAUAGGGUUCUGUCACUCACUCGGGACAGUUAAUUUAUCCACUGAUAGCUACAGGUGUGGAACAAAUACUUUCUGUACGAAUCAAAGCAUGUGUUCUUGUAUCAAAGGGUAUGAAGGAAAUCCUUAUUUGCCUAAUGGAUGUCAAGAUAUAGACGAGUGUGCAAAAUAUGGUUCCAACAGAUGUCAGCAGAUCUGUUCCAAUACCCCAGGAAGCUACAAUUGCUCAUGCAUAGAUGGAUCAGAACCUGACGGACAAUAUAACUGCAAGAAGAGAGACCCUCACCGUCACACCAAAUAUUCAGCAACAGAAAUUAUGUUUAAAGCCAUGUUUGCGGUUACAGGGGUGCUAUUGGUACUGGCACCUAUGUGGUUGUGCAAGGUAGUAAAAAGGAAAAAAAUGCUGAAACUGAAAAAGAAGUUUUUUGAGAGAAAUGGUGGAAUACUAUUACAUCAGAGAGUGUCUUCAAGUGAUAAAAAUGUGGAGACAACCAAAUUGUUUACUUCAAAGGAGCUAGAGAAGGCAACUGACCAUUAUAAUGCAGAUCGAAUACUCGGACAAGGAGGACAAGGCACUGUCUAUAAAGGAAUGCUGACAGAUGGAAGGAUAGUAGCAGUGAAAAAGUCAGAGAAACAAGAUGAAAGUAAAGUUGAACAUUUUAUUAACGAGAUUGUAAUUUUAUCACAAAUAAACCAUAGGAAUGUGGUGAGGCUGCAUGGAUGUUGUUUAGAGACAGAGGUCCCUUUACUGGUAUAUGAGUUCAUUCCUAAUGGAACACUUUUCCAGUAUAUCCAUGAUGAUAAUGAAGACUUUCCCCUUUCGUGGGAUAUCCGCGUACGUGUGGCCACAGAAGUUGCAGGAGCUCUGUCAUAUCUACACUUUGCUGCCUCGGUUCCAGUAUAUCAUCGAGAUAUCAAGUCUUCAAAUAUACUUUUAGACGACAAGUACAGGGCGAAAUUGGCAGACUUUGGAACUUCGAGGUCAAUUUCCAUUGAUCAAACUCACGCGACAACAAAAAGGGUACAAGGUACAUUUGGUUACUUCGAUCCAGAAUACUUCAGGUCAAGCCAAUUUACAGAUAAGAGUGAUGUUUAUAGCUUCGGGGUGGUUCUUGUUGAGCUCUUGACAGGACAAAAACCAAUCAUGGCACCUAGGCCUUACGAUGAGGGACGAAGUUUAGUCACACAUUUUGUAUCGGCAAUGCAAGAGGAUCGGCUAUUAGAUAUUCUUGAUUCGAAAAUUGGCAAUGAUGGUGAGAAAGAGGAGCUCAAAACAUUUGCUAAACUUGCAUAUAGAUGCUUGAACUUGAAAGGGAGAAAAAGGCCUAGCAUGAAACAAGUUGCAGCAGAGCUAGAGAGUCUCAGAAUGUUAAAUGGAUCAACUAUUGUUCAACAGCACUAUGAAGAUGUUGCAGAUUUCGAAACUGAACUCAAUGAGCCUUGGGACAUAACUUCAACUUGCACCGGUUCCUCCCAAAAUCAUACUAUCGAAGUCGAUGAAAAUUGCACUAUCACAGUUGAUCAUGAAGAUUGAAGAGCAUUGAAGGAGAAGAAGUUGCAGUUUGGGUUGAUAUUUGCCUUUUUUGUUAUAUCUGUACUUGGGUUUGUUUAUGUGAAGUUAUCAUGUAUAUGAUGUAAUAAAUGCAUUGAAUUUAUCACCAUUUGUAUCACCAUUUGUGUUACUCUUGGGUUUUCUGGCUUUGUUAUAUUACUGGUAUGGCAUUGUGAGAAGUGCUGCAAUUUUCUUCA